UCGCGAUCCCCUUCGCCGCCGCCGUCACCGUCCCUCCUCCCUCGUCGCUUAGCAUCCGCCAUGCAGAAGAGCAACGUCCCGAACCCCGCCAAGGCGGAGCAAUCGUACCCUCGCUUCUCUCUUUCCAGCCUUGGAUUUGGGCCACCCGCUCCUUCCAAGGACCCCCUUCCUCCACCGCCACCUGCCGUGGAAGUGCUCCCCUGCGAGGAGGAAUCGUCGGAGCCGAAAUCGAAGGUAGAGCCUAUCGUCAUCGACGACGGCCUUACCCUUCUUAAGGGAAGAGUUAGCACUUUUGAUGUGUUCGGGGUGGCCAACUCGGAUUUGGUCCCAGGAAAGUAUGAAGGGGGGCUGAAGCUGUGGGAAGGCUCACUUGACCUUGUCAAAAAAUUGCAUUCGGAGAUUGAAGAAGGCGUGCUGAUGCUCCGUGGAAAGCGAGUUUUAGAGCUUGGAUGUGGACAUGGCCUACCAGGGAUCUUUGCAGGCCUCAAGGGUGCAGCAGUUAUCCACUUCCAAGAUUUCAAUGCUGAGGUGCUUCGUAGUCUAACCAUACCAAAUGUGACAGUGAACCUAAAGAAAGAGUUGAACCAACAACAGCCACUGCUUACAAGCAAGACAUCAACCAGCAUCACCGCUGAUGUUCGUUUUUUUGCUGGUGAUUGGAAUGAAAUUCAUCAGCUGCUCCCCUAUGUUUGUAGCGCUGACCAACGAAAAGCAACAAAUGGUGGUUUAGAGGAAAAGUCAUGUGAUGGUUAUGAUGUUAUUCUGAUGGCAGAAACUGUGUAUGCACUGUCCUCCCUUCAUUGUCUUUAUGAGCUUAUUAAAAGGUGCAUGCACCGCCCAUCUGGAGUUGUCUAUAUGGCAGGAAAGAAACACUAUUUUGGUGUUGGUGGUGGUACAAGACAAUUUGUAAAUCUGGUCGAAGAAGAUGGUAUAUUGACCGCCUGUUUGCUUGCUGAAGUUGCUGAUGGCUCCUCAAAUGUACGGGAAGUGUGGAAAUUCAUGUUCAAAUAGACUAACAUCGAAUUGAAGUGUAUAAUAUUGGCAUCAUCUUCCAACCUUUUCAUUUUGGAAUAUCAUUUUUUCUCUGUAUCCAAAGGCAAUGUGUGACAUGCUAAAUUUUGUAACACUAAACAUGCAUUUCACUGUGGCUAUGUUAGAAUCCAUCUUCCAAAUGCUA